AUGUUUAGAUUAAUUAAUAGAAAUAGAAGAAUAAUAAAUAAUGUUUUAGAAUUAAAUAAAAUAAGUUUUAUUAAAAAUAAUAAUAAUAAUAGAUUCUUUUCAACAUUAACCACCAAUAAUAUUCAAUCACAAGAACAAUUACAACCACAAGAACCAUUACAAUCAGAGGAAAAAGAAUUAGAAAACAAAAAUGAAGAUCUUGAAGAUAUCGAUUUAAAUAAAAGACCAUUAAAAGAGCAGGAGGAGGCUUAUCAAGCUUUUUUAAAUGAGGAUCACCCACUUUUAGAUGUUAGAGAUGUAGUUAAAUUAAAAGCAUUCAAAAAAUUACCAUUUAAUUUUCAAAUGAAAUUCCUUACAGAACAUCGUUUCCCAGAAUCAUCAAUAAGUCAAGUUGAAAAUACAAAAGUUAGAUUGAAGAAACAACAUACUAAAGAAAUACAAAGAGAGGUAUCAUAUAUACAAUCAAACAAGUCAAAAAGAAAGGAUAUAACACCACAGGCUGAACUUUUAGAAUUAUUAACUUUACAGAUCCAAACAAACAAUUACCAAAAUGGUUUAAAGAGUUUUUUCACUGCAAGAUUUCGUUUAAAUGAUGAUAUUGUAAGAUUAGCAUUCAGAAUAUUCGGAGAAAUCUACAAUUCACAAGAUUUAAAGCAAUUUCCAACCUACGAAUUUGAAAAUUUACUUAAAAAAGUAGCAUUCUCAAAAUUCUCUAUUAGCGAAGCAACUGAAUUCCUUAUCAAAUUAGGAUUUUUCGAAUCAUUACAUUUCUAUAAUACAAUAUUUUCACUCAAUGAAUCGUACUUGCUUGUAUAUGUUUAUGACAUUGGUAAUUAUUUGAAAUCAACACCAUCACUCAAAAACUACAGUGUCCACUUUGAAUCAUUCAUCCCUCAAGGUAGUGGUUCCCAUGCUAAACUUUUAAAUGCAUUAAUUAUAAGUCAUCGUCGUCAAGAGGCAUUGGAGGUAUUUGAAUCAAGUAAAUCAAAAGCCACUGGAGAAUUUAUUUAUUAUUUUGUAUUGGGUCUUAUCAAGAUGGGUUACAUUGAAAAAUCAAAAUUAAUCAUGUCGGAGCACUAUGACUCAUUACACAAUGAUCCAUAUUAUAUUUUAUCCAGUAUCAAUGUAGCAUUAGCUUUAAAUCAACCAGACCUCGCCUCUGAAAUAAUAUUAAACUGUGGUCCAAUGGAAACUAUGAUACCAACCGAAACCUUGCAAAUGGUCUUUUUAGAGUUAGGUAAAAUGGGAAAAAGAAAUAGUUUACGUAAAUUAGAAGAAUUUGCCGACAAAUAUUUAGACGAGCAAGAAAAAAGAAAGUUACUUUUCAAUUCAUAUUAUAAAUAUCCAGAGGUUCAAUUCCAUUAUUUAAAAAAAAUAGAAAAAACAAAAUACCACUUGGCCAUCAAUAAUGUAGUUUCAAAAUCGUUAAAACAACCCCUUGCACAAAAGGAUCAAGAUAAUGUUUCAGUUCCAGUAGUUUAUCAAGUUGUCAAUAUUAAUUAUGAGGACGAAAAUCUAUUUGGUUUAAUUAAUAAUUUAAAAGGUAAAGAAAAAUAUCAAGAUUUAAAUAACCCAACAGUUUACGAUUCAAGUGGUGAUGUUCAAAGAAAACUCGACAUGUUUAAGAAAAAAGAAAAAUAA